UAUACCAUACACUCUUCUCAUAUUUCAGGAAAAAAAAAAUGAGCCUCCCUAUGAGCUUCAACCCUAUAUCAAUAUCAGAAAUACAAGAGUUCAACUCGUCUUCUUCUUCCUCGGGAUAAAAAAACCCUAGUGUCUGAACCUCCUCCUUGUCAGCGGCUGGAUCGAGUAAAUCUAGAUACCUUUCACUCUCUAUAUGUAGUCCCUUCCAUUUACUUUUGUUGUGCUGUGCUGUUUAUUAACUAAAUUUAGUUGGACCAAUGCAUGUGAUGGAUUGCUUGAAUGAGAGCACGAGUGACUCAUCAAAUAAUGGGGUAAAGGAUGCAAGUUCUAACAAGUUGCCUUCUUCUAGGUACAAGGGAGUAGUACCACAGCCCAAUGGUAGAUGGGGGGCUCAAAUAUAUGAGAAGCACCAACGUGUGUGGUUGGGAACCUUCAAUGAAGAAGAAGAAGCUGCUAAGACCUACGACAUUGCCUUGCUAAAGUUCCGGGGACUUGCUGCCAUCACAAACUUCUGUCAGAGCCAAAUAAAACCCUACAUAGAAGAUGGCAACGAGGCCAUUUUCUUGGAAUCCCAUUCCAAGGCUGAGAUCGUUGACAUGCUUCGAAAACACUCGUACGUCAACGAGCUUGAAAUGUACAAGCAUAAGUUGCUGAACGCCGGAGUUCGUGGUGGUGGUCGAAAGCGAAGUAAGUGUCACGUCGAUCCAACUGACGCGUGUUAUGAGAGGGAGUUGCUUUUCGAGAAGGUGGCGACGCCAAGCGACGUAGGGAGGUUGAAUCGUAUGGUGAUACCAAAACAACAAGCUGAGAAGCAUUUUCAGGUUCAUGAGAGUGUAGAACUGUGUAAAGGGGUUUUGUUGAAUUUUGAGGAUGAGGAAGGGAACGUGUGGAGGUUUAGGUAUUGUUAUUGGAGUAGUAGUCAGAGUUAUGUGUUGACCAAGGGAUGGACACGUUUUGUGAAGGAGAAGAAGUUGAAAGCUGGUGAUGUUUUGAGGUUUCAGAGAUCGGUAAGGGAGGAUAAGAAGCUGUUCAUUGAAUGUAGACCUAGAAACGUCGAUAGUCUGCGGUUCAGAGAGAUACCUGCUGGGCGGGUUGCUGAGCCUUUAGCGGCGGUUCAGGAUGAUGGAGUGGUGAGGUUGUUCGGAGUUAACAUUAUGAAAACAUGUAACAGUUGCAUUGUAGACAAUAGCAGGUGUUGGAGGCUUGGAGCUAGUUUAAGGUGAAAAGAACGAAUUGUAAUUCUACUGGGAUGUUUAUCUUUUUCGUGUUUUGUCAAUGAGAAGAUCCUUUUUGGUAUGUUUA